AUGCCACCAGAGUCAACGUACGUAGAGCCCCUGGCCAAGAAAAAUGUCAUCUCGCGAUCCCAACUGGAGACGAGAUGCAAGGCCGGCGAGAUCCUGAUCGUCGUCAAUCAGAAGGUCUACAAGCUUGACAAGUGGAUCAAGCAUCAUCCCGGCGGCCAGCUUGCCAUUCGCCAUUGCAUUGGUCGUGACUGUACGGACGAGGUCAAGGCACUGCACCCCGACUACGUGCUCGAGAAGAAGAUCAAAUACUUUGAGAUUGCGGAUUAUCUCCCCCGCGACUCUGACCCCGAGUUCGCACCCAUCAUUGGCUCGCGCACCCGCACCAAGGAGGAGAUUUUUGAGGCCCAGAGCGCCCAGGUCUCGAGUGCCUAUCGCCAGCUCGAGUCUCGUCUCCGCGCUCGGCAACUAUUCGAGACCAACUAUACCAACUAUGCCUGGGAAUUUUCACGGUAUCUGACCCUGUUCACUAUGGCGAUCGUCCUCAACAUCUACGGCACCUGCACCAUGCACUACAUGGCCUCAGCCCUCUGUCUAGCCAUGUUCUGGCACCAGAUCUCAUUCUUUGCCCACGAUGCCGGCCACAAUUCCAUUAGCCACAACCUUCAAAUCGACAAUGGCAUCGGCAUCUUCCUCGCAGACUUCUUAGGCGGUCUCUCAAUCGGCUGGUGGAAAAAGUCGCAUUACGUCCACCACAUUGUCACCAACCACCCCAUCCACGACCCCGAUAUCCAGCACCUUCCCUUCUUUGCUGUCACGACCCGCAUCUUCCAGGGAUUCUUCUCGACCUACCAUCAAAAAGAGAUGGUCUUUGACCGCGUCGCUCAGUUCUUUGUGUCGUACCAGCACUAUCUUUACUAUCCGAUCAUGAUGAUGGGUCGCUUCAACCUCUAUGUCCAGUCGAUGAUGUUCCUGGCCAAGGAGCCCAACUACCCAUACCGCAAGCAGGAGAUUUUCGGUCUGACGAUCUACUGGAUCUGGUACCCGUAUUUCCUCAAGCAAUUGCCGACCUGGAACAUGAUCAUUGCCUACGUCUUCAUCUCCCACAUGUUCACGUUCAUGCUCCACGUCCAGAUCACGCUCUCACAUUUUGGCAUGUCGACCGAGGAACUUGGAGAUACAGAGUCGUUCGCAGCCAAGAUGUUGCGCACGACCAUGGAUGUCGACUGCCCCACAUGGCUCGACUGGUUCCAUGGAGGACUGCAGUUCCAGGCCAUCCACCAUCUCUUCCCGCGUAUGCCCCGGCACAAUCUUCGCGCGGCGCAGCCUUACGUAAAAGAGUUUUGUGAUGAAGUCGGAUUGACCUAUCACAUUCACGGCUUUGCGAAGGGCAACCAGAUCGUAUACUCGGCGCUCAAGGACGUUGCGGACCAGGUUGGCUUCUUCAUGGAGGUUGCCAAGCAUGAGGCCAAGGAGUACGUUGAGGCCCAAAGAAUCGUCCUUCCGGAGACCAACAAGGACAAAUAG